GGGUUGUGGGGCACCUACAGCCCCGUGCAUACCAUUCCCCUUUAUGAAAUCAACCUGUUGCAGCGAUGUCGGGACUACUUCUGGGACGACCCCAACUUUCCGAAGGACGAGUUCUAAGCACCCGUUCCCACCCACUCAUGCGAUCAACACAUUUAUGAACACAAACUACCUUGUUGAUGAUUUAAAUUGAAUAACAUUGCAAAAAUUAAGCACAAUUUUCUAUUCAUUCUUAUAAAAUAGUUUUGAAAAUAAAUUGCAUGAUUACUACUCAGA